AGCCCAAGGUGCAACUUUUGUCGGUCAUCCUGAAUCCAGGUUCAUCCGACACAAGCCGCCUCCACCAUGCUGCCUAAGUUUGACCCCAACGAGAUCAAAAUUGCGUACCUGAAGUGCACCAGUGGGGAGGUCGGUGCCACGUCUGCCCUGGCCCCCAAGAUCAGCCCCCUGGGUCUGUCUCCAAAAAAGGUCAGUGAUGACAUCACCAAGGCAACUGGUGAUUGGAAGGGUCUGAGGAUUAUAGUGAAACUGACCAUUCAGAACAGACAAGCCCAGAUUGAGGUGGCACCUUCUGCUUUUGCCCUGAUCAUCGAAGCCCUCAAGGAACCACCAAAGGACAGAAAGAAGCAGAAAAACAUUAAGCACAGUGGAAACAUCACUUUUGAUGAGAUUGUCGACACUGCCCGGCAGAUGUGGCAUCGGUCUCUAGCUAGAGAACUUUCUGGAACCAUUAAAGCGAUCCUGGGGACAGCUCAGUCUGUGGGCUGCGAUGUUGAUGGCCGCCACCCUUAUGACAUCAUAGAUGAUAUUAACAGUGGUGUGGUGGAGUACCCAGCUAGUUAA